AUGAUGAUCUUUCACAGAAUUCCUUCCAGCCGAAUUCUGGCUUGUGCCCCGUCAAAUAGCGCCGCUGAUUUAAUUGCAGAACGACUUCACGUGAGCGGUUUUAUUCAAGAAGGAGACAUGGUCCGACUGAAUGCUAUCCAGCGAGCGCAGAGUAUCCCAGAAUCCAUCAUUCCGUACUGCACUGACACAGAUCAGUUGGACAUGGCGGCGCGUUAUCGCGUCAUGAUCUGCACAUGCAGUACAGCGGGUCAGCUGUAUUCCCUGGGAUUACGGGCAGGUCAUAUCACGCAUGUAUNUUGCUACGAUCCACUUCUAGUUACCAAACUGAUAAAUAAUUAUCGUUCACACCCAGCUGUGCUCAAACUCUCCUCUGCUGUUUUUUACCAUGAUGAGCUCAAGCCCUGUGCUGAUGUGCGGAUGCGGGAAAGUUUGUGUCAGUGGGAAAGGCUUCCAAACAAAGGAUUUCCAGUGAUUUUUCACGGCCUGAAGGGAGAAGAUAUUCGUGAAGGUAACAGUCCAUCAUGGUUCAACCCAGUGGAAGCUGUUCAAGUUGUGAAGUAUUUACAGUCUCUCAGAUCAAGCGACAAGUUCUCCCUCAAACUCACUGAUAUCGGUGUCAUUACUCCUUACAGGAAACAGGUUUGUACCGCAAGUCCUUCAUCUGUUGUCUUAAGCUGUUCCCAUUGUUCGUCGAUCAAGAAAUGAUAAAAGAGUAGGAAAAUUGACGGGCGUACCAAUUUACGCCCGGAAAUUUCAUGUUCUUCUUGUUGUUUUGUUUUGUUUUGUUUGUUUGAAAUAAGUGAAAGCUGCUUUCGGUUUAACAGUUAUUCUAUAAGUUCAAAUCCUUAUUACAGUCG